AUGUUCGAACUACUGGCGGUUUUAUUCGUUUUCAUAGCCACUUGGGGCUUUUAUUCGACCAUAAAACCUAGGAAGUAUCCACCAGGUCCAGUGUGGUACCCAUUCGUCGGCAGCGCCCCUAUAGUGAAAAAACUGGCCAUUCAAUUGGGCGGUUUGCAUAAAGCAGUUCAAAAAUUGAGCGAAACCCACAAAACCGACAUAUUAGGGCUAAAAUUGGGCGACAAGAACACCGUAAUCGUAUCGAAUUAUGCCCUUCUGAAGGACAUAUUAUGGAAGGAAGAAUACGCAGGACGACCGGACGACAUUUUCAUAAGGCUGCGAUGUUUGGGUCAGCUAAAAGGUAUCACAAUGACCGACGGCAGCUUCUCCAGAAUACAAAAGAAAUUCGUGAAGACCCAUCUCCGGGAGCUCGGCUUCGGCAAGGAGCGCAUGGAGGAGCUGAUAAACGAAGAGUCUUCCGAGCUGAUGGAAAUCCUCGAGAAACUCGAGGACCAAGGCAUCGAUUUCACCAAAAUCCUGCCUCUUUCGGUCAUGAACGUCCUCUGGGCCAUCGCCGCUGGCACGAGAAUGGACAGAUACGAUAACAGGCUCAUCACCUUGCUGAACACCAUGCAGGAAAGGUCCAGAUUAUUCGACCUGUCAGGAGGACUCCUGAAUCAAUUUCCCUGGUUGAGGUUCGUCGCGCCGGAAAUAAGCGGCUAUAAUUUGAUCACAAGGUUGAAUAAAAAUCUGAAGGAAAUAAUCAUGGAGUCGAUUGAGGAGCACAAGAAAUCGUGGAUACCGGGACAAGAUAACGACCUAAUUUACGCUUUUAUUAACAAAAUGAACGACACGAACGACGAUAACAGCACGUUUACAGAAGACCAAUUAGUGAUGAUAUGCCUCGAUUUGUUCAUCGCCGGUUCGGUGUCUACCAGCAACACUCUUGGCUGCGCCUUCCUGUUUAUGAUACUGAACCCGGAAAUCCAAUCGAAAGUGGCCGAAGAAGUGGAGAGGGCCUUCGCGAAGAACGAAAACAUCCAUUACAAGGAGCGCAAUCGAGUUCCGUACGUAGAGGCGGUGUUGAACGAAGUGCACAGAUUCUCCACCAUUGGCCCCAUCGGGGGGCCCAGAAGGGUCACGUCCGAUGUUAAACUGGGCGAUUACGAAAUACCAAAGAACACCAUGGUCUUGUACAGCAUAUACUCAUGCCACAACGACAAGGACUACUGGAAGGACCCGGAGGUUUUUCGACCGGAAAGAUUCCUCACACCCGAAGGAACACUUAUCAACCACGAGAGAUUCAUGCCCUUUUCAAUAGGUAUACGAAGGUGCUUGGGGGAAGUUCUGGCCAGAAGUUGCGUAUUUACGUUCUUCUGCGAAAUAAUUAGGAAUUAUGAAGUUAUCGCGUAUCCCGGAACGAAACCAACGGGGAAAUUGAUAGCGGGUAUGUUAACCGGCCCAGAAAGUUACAUGGCCAAGUUAGUUAAGCGAAAUAAACAAAAUAAUUCGAUCAUAUAUUAA